AAAACAAGAAAAGGCUGAAACAAAAUUAAGAAAUGAUUUUAAGAACUUACAAUAUAUUAAUAAUACUAGCAAUAAUCAAUCAGUACAACAAAUAUCAUCAACAGUUACUAAAAUAAUACAAAAUUUAUUUUUUGAAAGUAUUUUUAGAGUACAAAAUCAAGAAGAUAUACUUUUGGAUAAG